AAAAAUUUCAUUUAAAUGAUUAUUUCCAUAAUUUUGAAGUACACAAUUUAUUGAAAAAUGACAAAAAUAUAGAAAUUCUAUUUACUUAAUUCCAAAUGCCCACACUAAAAGAGUUGCUUCAUUCAAAAUAUCUAGUUGAGCUCUAUGUGAAUGUUCGGUCCGAGCCAUUUUUCUCUGUCUGUUUUCCUAUUGCUCUCUUUCUAUAUGUCUCUCUUAAAUCAGUGUCAAAAUACACGGCAUUCAGGACGCCAUAUUGAAAACACCUCUGAUAUUGUAACACACUACAUACGUACAGUCAUAUGCACCGCAUAGUAUAGUCCAUCGUCAUACAAUCGGUACUCGUGCGAUGUCGUAGUUUAUGUAUGUAUGCUGAACGCCAAACAACAGCAAGCAUGUGUGUUUAUACCCAUAUAUAUUUAUGAACUUCAAAAACUACGGUCGUCUGAUGCUUAAAAUGGAUGCAAGCUUUCUGGUAUAGCUGUUGUUGUCGUCGUAGUCGUUGUCCAUUUUCACUUGACGACUUCACACACGAAUUCAAAUCUCAUUUUAUGUUUCUCAUUCUUCUGGUGAAGUGAUUUGUGUGCGUUGGGUUGCUAAUGCAACUGUUCUGGUUUAAAAAGUGUCUUUGAGUUAUAAUCUUGACCGUCUGGUGCAUGAAGUACGUGGCCUGGGAAUCAUAGAUUCGUUUAUAUUUAAAACUAUCUGUCGGAAAAGUUUGUAAGUUCGGCCGCGGUCUUAGAAUCGUAGAGGAUUUUUCCCAAUUUGGAACAAGAGAGAAAGUGUUUUUUUGAAUGAAGUGUUUUCACGUACAAACGAAUCCGGUACAAACAAUAGUGAUUCAAUUUUGCUUCUUUACAUUUCCUUUUGCUGAAGUGGAUAAAAUCGGGAAAAAAAUCACUCACUAUGCGUGAUUUAAAUUAAAGAAUUUGGAUAAAAAAAUUUAAAUAAUCUAAUUUAAUUUUGGUUCAUUUUUAUCUAAAUUAUAACUUAACUAAAAAUUUGGAAGUGACCGUACUAAUUUCAUCUUUGCAUCAACUUGGAAAAAAUAUUUCCAAUUAUUGACAUAUUUAAUUACACGGGAAGAUUUUUGAAAUAAUGGUGCACGUUGAACGCUACCAACCAGAAAAUUUACGGAAUGGUAGAUCACGGGGACCAAGUCCAAAUGGACACAACGGUUCACCUGACACCUCCGAUGAUGAUUCAACUAAAAAUGCAAAAGGAAACAAGUCGAACAAAUCUAAGAGUGAAUAUGAAGAAAAAAUUCGCGUUGGCAAAGAUUAUCAAACUGUGUGCCCAGAUUAUAUUCCACCACAGGAUCGUAAAUUGGAAUCACUGAACGACAGAGCCCUUCUGGUAUGGUCACCAACAAAAGAUAUUCCAGACAAUAAACUCGAGGAGUAUAUUAGCGUUGCAAAAGAGAGAUUUGGAUAUAACGGUGAACAAGCAUUAGGCAUGUUAUUUUGGCAUAAACACGAUUUGGAACGCGCUGUCUUGGAUUUGGCCAAUUUUACACCAUUCCCCGAUGAAUGGACCGAGGAAGACAAAGUGCUGUUUGAACAAGCCUUUCAAUUUCAUGGCAAAAGUUUCCAUCGGAUACGUCAAAUGCUGCCCGAUAAAUCAAUUGCUAGUUUAGUAAAAUAUUACUAUUCAUGGAAAAAGACACGUAGUCGAACUAGCGUUAUGGAUCGCCAAGAGAAAAUGAAAGCAAAAGAAGGAUCCGAAAAUGGUAGCGAAAAUGGCAGUAAUGAUGACUCAGAUACUGAAGAUAAG